AGUGGAUACCACAAUGACGGGUAGAUACAUCACAGCUCUAUAUGUCCUCGGUCUGUGCUGCGUUUCUGCGCAGCCGUACAAUACCAACGAUGGAGACUCGUUCAAUCUGGAUUUUAUUUUCGGCAACCCGAGUUCCCCGGCACCGAAAGGCGAUGGUACCUCUAUAAGCAGAGUUCCCAGUCGUAGUAAUUUAGAUUGGUCCUUGAGUCUGUUCCCCAGCAGCGAUUUCUUCAACGACAUUAACCUUGACAACGGCUUUAAUGACGACGAUAAUUACCCUGACAACCGUAACACAAACAGUGAAAUUGGAGGGUUUGAUGGUGGCAAGGAUUACCAUGACAACGGUAGCCCGUACGGAGAUAACAGUAACAAUUAUGAUAGUUCUCCCGUUAAGCCGGAUUACUAUGGAAACAGCGAGACGCAUCCAAACCUUUACCCACAAGGUGCGUCUCUUCAGGUAUAUGAUGACGAUGAUGAUAAUGAUGAUGAUGAUGGUGAUGAUGAUAAAGGCUAUCCGUUUCCUGGUAAUAAUGACAACUACAGACAACCAUACGCUCCUGGGCCAAAUUCAAUCUACCCACAGUACCCGGGUAAGAUAACUGUGCCGACGUCUUCCUACGACGUUGACUACGACAAGAAGCCUGCAGCGAAGAAGUGUCGACCGGAAUUCGCUUUUGACUUCGAAGGUAGCCAUCCGUUUUCCGAGCGUUACAACAGGAUCUGGAUGGGGAGUGAAGGGAAUGUGUUUCCUCAGGAUGGAGCUGCCGUCUUUCAGGGGGGAUUUCUUUACAUCCCAUUUUUCACCGGAAAUGACCUCCGACCUGCAUACCGCCUAUCUCUGUUGGUGAAGCCCAAAUCUUCAAGGUCAUCAGGUCAAACUAUCGUCAGCAACAACUUCUCUUGGACAUCAAGCACCUUCAGUCUGGCUUUGAUUGGGAACAAGAUACAACUGGUUAUAAUACCACGGUACCCGAAGAAAGACGGACAUCGACAAAACAAAAAACCAGUGAUUCUAUCUCUCCCGAUCAAUCAGGGAUCUUAUACGUACGUCUCGGUGGAGCAGGACGAUAUCACGGUGAAACUGACAGUCGGCCAUAGAGCCGUGUACGCUCAGGGACGGAUACCAGCCGUGAGCAACGAACCUCUCUACAUGGGGGCCGGCGGUAGUCCACUUGGCUAUCUGGACCGUUUUUAUGGGAAAAUUGAUUCGCUGGUCUUCGACAAAUGUCCGGGGACAAUAACGAGAGACUACUGAGGUGACAACUAUCAACGUGUUGAUGUAAACAGGAAGCAAGAAAUGAAGAGACUAUUUUCCAUAAAAAGUAUAUUGUAAAUUAUAUUCGCGUGCCAAACAACAGAAAUUAAAAUGUGAUACACA